AUGGGGGAUGGGUACACAGACCCCAGAACUGAGCAGGCCAACUGGGUCGAAGCCCAGCCAGCCGACCCAGCCCAGCGCCGCGCCCCGCUCGUCCCCGAGCUCGGGACGGACUCCCGCACCCGCACGGCGUCGCCGCCGCCGUACGCCGCUCGGACUCCCUCCGCCGCCUCUCCGUUGCCCCUCCUGCACGCCACUGCCCCGCCUCCCUCCUAUAAAGGCGCCCCGGCUCCCCUCCUCCCCUCUCUGCUCACGCCGCCGCCGCCCCGACGCCCACGCCGGAGUUCGCCGCCGGCCGGAUCUGCUCCGCCGGCCGAAACCUGA